GGGCUGGUGGUGUUUUCCUCCGCGGGUCCUCCCUCCCUUCUUCUUCUUCUUCUUCCCUGUGGUGGUGGCGGCGGCGGCGGCUGGUACUUUGUUUUCUUCCUGUUGGACUCUCAAGGUGAAGCGGGGCGCCGUCAGCACUUUGUACCAUGCGUCUGGGGCUGUCCUAACUUGAGCCGUGCGCGCCGCUCCGCCAGACCUCCAUCAACUCAACUCCUCCUGGUGAAACUGAAGACGCACCUGCACAAACUCGCCCCGUAUGACCGUGUCAAAGAUGACAUGGCGUCCUCAGUACCGCAGCUCCAAGUUCCGUCACGUGUUCGGUAAAGCGGCCGCAAAAGAGGGCUGCUUCGAUGGCGUGCCGAUCACCCGCAGCGUCCAGGACAACAACUUCUGCGCAGUUAACCCACACUUCCUGGCUGUCAUCACAGAAUGUGCGGGGGGCGGGGCCUUCCUGAUCCUCUCUGUUCACCAUACAGGAAAAGUGGACCCUCACCACCCGAGAGUGUCCGGUCAUAAAGGAAAUGUGUUGGACGUGAAGUGGAACCCGUUCAAUGACUUCUGCAUUGCCUCCUGCUCAGAAGAUACUACGGUAAAAGUAUGGGAAAUCCCUCCUCAUGGUAUGUUCAAGAACAUUACAACACCAUGGAAAGAGCUGCAGGGCCACAGUCGGAGAGUGGGUCUCAUCGAGUGGCAUCCCACAGCCAACAACAUACUCUUUAGUACAGCGUAUGACUACCAGAUCAUGAUCUGGAACCUGGAUUGUCCAGAGCAGGUGAUCAAAAACCCCAUGAGGACGAUCUCACACCACCCUGACGUGGUCCUGUCCAUGUCAUUCAACGCAGACGGCACGCUCCUCGCCACCGCGUGUAAAGACAGGAAGGUCCGGCUGAUGGAGGCACGCUCAGGGACUCUGCUGCAGGAGGGGAACACUAAAGCGAAUAAAGCCAGCAAAGCUCUGAUUCUGGGGAACAUGAAGAUGCUGUUGACGACAGGGACCUCGAGAUGGAAUGACCGGCAGAUCGCUUUAUGGGACCUGGAUGACUUGUCUGUGCCUUUACUACAAGAAAACCUGGACAAUUCGUCAGGAGUUCUGUUUCCUUUCUAUGAUCCAGACACACACAUGCUUUACUUGGCUGGGAAGGGUGAUGGCAAUAUCCGGUACUAUGAGAUCAGCUCUGAAAAGCCAUAUCUUCAUUACCUCACAGAGCAUCGCUCUACUGUACCUCAGAAAGGAAUGGGUGUGAUGCCAAAGAGGGGGCUGGACGUGAGCUCCUGUGAGGUCUUCAGGUUCUACAGAUUAGUGACAAUCAAAAGUCUCAUUGAGCCACUGUCUAUGAUCGUACCUCGGAGGUCGGAGUCCUACCAAGAAGAUAUUUAUCCAAUGACUGCAAGUAACAAGCCUGCAGUUACAGCAGAAGAGUGGCUCAGCGGAAUAGAUAAAGACCCGGUGUUGAUGUCUCUGAAACCUGGGAGUCAAGUGGAGGAAUCCUUCACCGAUCUGAGCAAAGCUUUGGGAAAUUCACUGGAUUCUGCUCGGACUUCCAAUCGGCCGGGAAUGCUGCAACUCUCCUAUAACAUUCAGGACCAGUUGGCAACCAAAGAACGCAAUGGGGACAGCGCACUAUCAGAGGGGGACAGUGGUCGGUUGCCACUUAGUAACGGGGAAGACCUGGCAUUUUGCUCUCCGCCAAAGACUGAGAAUGAGCUGCGGUUGAAGUUCCACAAACAGCAGGAGGAGAUUCGCAGACUCCGGGAGCUUCUGAACCAGAGAGACGUGCGCAUCAAGCAGUUGGAACUGGAAAUCAAGAACGCCAAAAACACACAGCCUGCCUGUUCACUAUAAGACUGUUCUCACACCACCAUCCUCAGUGGACUCUAGAGUACUAAGCUACAUACUCCAAAUACAUUCCCAAUACACAGGGAGGAUUUCAAGCCAGUAGAAACUUGUACUUUCACCUCUGACCCCGGAUGCACAUUUACGUUGUACAUACACUUUAGUUUUAUCCAAAACGUUUUUAACUCUGCACCUCUUUUUAUUGUGUACUGCUUCACAGCUAUGCAAGUUUAAAUUUUUUUUUUUUUUUUUUUUUUACCUUUUAUGCUCUUUGUAGCAAGAAAAAAGAUGUCUGUGCCACUUUGACUGACUUGUUACUCUUGUUUAAAAGGUGUUGCAUGGUUAAAAACAGACAUCUCAUGUGAAUGUAAACCAAGGUUGAUAUUUUUCUUAUACAAUUGAUUUUUUUUCCCUUUAUUUAAACUACUGUUAAUGGAUGUGGGUGAAAUGUACUGUUCGGGAUCAUGUAUGCGUACUUGAGUGAAAGAGAUGCAUGAAUGAUGAGAUCUUGUUCCUAGGUUCCACUGAGCAAAUCUGAAUGUGUGAUUUUAAAAAUUGUGAAAAGUCUUUUUGUUUUUAGAACUGUGCAGGCCUUGUUUAUAUUGAGCAGAAUUUUAUAUCAUUUAAUUUUUUGUCUUCUAAUCCUUUAAUUUAUUUUUACACAGACAAUAAUACAAGUCAUUUGAACUAGACGAAAGUACUUGAAAUCAAAUUGAGAUUGUAAAUGUGGUAAAUAUACAAGUCAACUUGUAUGAGUCUUCAUGCUUCUAACUGUGUGAAGAUUAAAGCCAUCAUAUAACAGA